CGCCCGCCGCGGCAUUACCUCGCCUCAGGCAUGGAGGGCGGCAGGAUGGCGAAUCCCUAUGGGCGAGUGGUGAGGGAGGUGCGGGGACCCAAGCCGUUUUCCUACGCCAUAGUAAGUCCGUAGAGCUUUGAGGGGGGAAUUGGGGAGCGCGGAGGGGACUGGUUUCCUUAUAUAGGGAGGGUUAUAUCAACCCCCCCCCAAAAUAAACGCUGUUUGUCUAAGGGCACAGGGAACUAGUCCUCAGUGAGGCCCGUCAGCGCAACGCUUCGCUAUUGGAUGUAAGCCUCGCUGUGCGAGAUGUGGUUUGCUGUAGGCUAAUAGAUAUUAGUUUAUGUAUUGUUUGUUGUUGUUGUUUUAUUCAUUCCAUUUAUCAUUUGUUUCAUGAGAUUUAUGCACCGUUUGAUUGUAAAGGGCUGGGUGGGAAGUGGGGUGGGGGUGAACCCCCUUCAUCAAAGCGGUUUACCAAAUAUUUAUAUAUAGGGAGAGAGAGAAUGUGUGUGUGUAUAUAUAUAUAUUAUAUAUAUGUGUGUGUGUGUGUAUAUAUAUACAGUCAUACCUCAUGUUACAUUUGCUUUAUGUUACGCUUUUUCAGGUUGCGUCCCACGGCGACCAGGAAGUACUAGAAAGGGUUACUGCCGGGUUUCACUGCUCACGCAUGCAUAGAAGCGCUAAAUCGCGCUCCGCGCAUGCGCACAAACGCCAAAUCGUGCCGCACACCUGCGCAGAUACGACAUUUCAUUUUAUUUAUUUUUUUGAAAAGUUUUUAUUAUUAAAAUAAUUCAACAUUAAUACACACAUAUUGUGAAUAUACAAGCAUGCAAACAUACAUUUCAUACAGUCCUUAAAAUGUUCAAACAUACCUACACUCAAUCCCACUUCAGGUUGCGGGCUUUUCAUGUUGCAAAUGGGCCUCCGGAACGGAUCCUGUUUGCAACCAGAGGUACCACUCUGUGUGUGUGUGUGUGUAUACACACACACACACACACACACAAGCAAUGAGAUUGUCAUCUAUUUUUUCCUUUUACAGCCGUGAAUUCAAAACAUGCGGAAAGCUGAAAGCAAAGAAUGGAGUUAGACUAGAUUAAAGCUCAUAUCAGUGUCCCUAAACACCUGAGUAGGCUCAUCUGAAUAAGAACGGUCUUCAGCAGGUGCCAAAAGGAAUGCGGUGAAGGCUCCUGCUUGAUAUCAAUAGGCAGGGAGUUCCAAAGUGGUGUUUAAAUAUUAUGCAUAAACUGCCCUGUGAUCCUCAGAUGAAGGGUGACAUGAUAAAUAAAUACAUAAGUUUAUUUGGCUUUUUGUUGUCUGUGUAUAUUUAUCUUGUGGUUAAAGUGGCCUUGAGAGUUUGCUGCUUUUGGGUGUUUUUAAAUUUUUUAAUGAUAACGAUAAUAGGAUGAUGAUGAUGAUAAUAAUAAUAAUAAUAUAUUAUUUAUACCCCACCCAUCUGGCUGGGUUUCCCCAGCCACUCUGGGCGGCUUCCAACAAAACACUAAAAUACAAUAACCUAUUAAACAUUAAAAGUUUCCCUAAACAGGGCUGCCUUUAGAUGUCUUCUAAAAGUUUGGUAGUUAUUUUUCUCUUUGACAUCUGGUGGGAGGGAGUUCCACAGGGCGGGUGCCACUACUGAGAAGGCCCUCUGCCUGGUUCCCUGUAACUUGGCUUCUCGCAGCGAGGGAACCGCCAGAAGACCCUCGGCGCUGGACCUCAGUGUCCAGGUAGAACGAUGGAGGUGGAGACGUUCUUUCAGGUAUACUGGACCGAGCAGCAGCUUCUCUUUUCUGACAUCGGCUUCUUGGUUCAGACCACUUUCUCACAUUCAGAGAUCUGGGCUGCAGUCCCUUGUACACUUCUUCCCUGGAGUCAGCCCAGGGAUAGAGAUAGUGCUCAUAAUCAGUGCCGUCAUUUUAUUUGUGUGAGGUGCAUCCUUCCCCAUCUUUAGUAAGUUUCAGGUGGACUUUGAAGGCAUUCCUGUUUACCCAGGCAUUUGGUGGCUGAAGUUCCUGGCAACCCUGAGAUCACUGGAUGAAAUAAUGUUUUUAUAUGUAAUUUCUUUAAAGCGGCGUCCACUUCAUACAGAGGAAAUGUGCUCCACUUCCCUUCGUCCCCUUGAUGCUUGAUGUAAAAUCUAGAUCCGAUUCCCGUUACUAAAGGCAUACUUCCUCUUACAGAGGGCCAAGUUUCCCAAACCGAAUGAUGCCAUGAAGCAAAUCCUCCUCUGGAGGGAGCAAGAGAAACUUCGCCAUGCGGCCGCGAUGUACGCAAAGUCCCAUCUCCUUGGCCGCCAGAUCAUCGAAAGGGAGGAUCGGAAUGAGCGAAAACAGUUCCACCGGAUCGUGCAGAAAAGGGUUGAUGUUGAAAUGCAGGCAUACCUGGCAGGACAAGAGGAGAGGAAAGAAAGGUAAGCAAGCCAGUUGAGCAAGCUGAUGAUUCAAUCUUGGGUUUCUGCCUUUAAUUAGAGGAGGGCAUACAAAGGUAAAAUUUGCAUUCAUUUCCUGCUCACUUUUGCCUCUUGGUUCUUCUGCAUGUGGGCCCUGGAAGGCUGCCCAUGUGGGAAUACUGUCCUCAGGCUGAAAAAAUGGGUUCCCACUGCUGCUUUAAUGCUACCAAACUGGUCCUUCAGGAGGGGGGGGACGACAAAAAAUAAACAUGAAAGGUUUCAUUUUAUUACUGUUUAAGUUGAUGUGCCUUACAGAAAGCCACAGCAAGUAAAACAGGUCUCUUGCUCACAAGAAGUGUACAGUCUCACAAUAGUGAGAGGCCUUUGUUCAUCGGUAGGGCACCUGCUCUGCGUGCAGAAGGUCUCAGGUUCAUCCCCAGCAUCCGAAAGGGUCAGGAACAUGAGAGCUGCUGCCCCUGGUAUAGUCUGGCCUGGUAUAAGUUGGAUACCUGUGUUCCUAUGUGUACUUAUGCUUUGUUUCUAUGGAGAAUGGGGCGUACAUUUAAAGCACAUUCAGUACCCAUUUAAAACGCAUAGCUUCCCUGAAAAAAUCCUCAGAACAGUAGUUUACCUCUCACAGAACUAUCAUUCCCAGCACCCUUAACAAGCUACAGUUCCCAUGAUUCUUUGGGGGAAACUGUGUGCUUUAAAUGUGUAUGAUCUGAGAUCAGAGGGGCCCAAGCGCAAAUACUGACUCAGCCAUGAAGGGUGCUUGUCUGAUCUUGGAUCAGUUGCAUUCUCUCAGCCUUAACUACUUCACAGAGUUGUUGUGAGGUCAAAGUGGGAAAGACUAAUGCAUUUUUCUGUAAGCUCUGCCGUGAAAUAAAUAAGUGGUUACACCAACGUUUUCACUGAAGAGGUGGGUAUUGAGGGUGGAUGUAAUGGAAAUGAGCAAUAUGAACUUUGUGCUCCAUGACGGAUACUUAAAGAAUAGAUCCUGCCCACCUUCACCACUCCAGACGCUAAAUUCAGAUUUUGGCCAUCCCUGGAAUUGAGCUAAUGAAGCAAGCCUUACUUGGUUUGACAUCACAACUCUGCUCCUGUUUUUUAAAUGGAGGGACCAAGACCCUGGUCUGCAGAGUACAUGAUAAGGAAUUCUCUCCCACACGGUAGACAGAUGAGGCCUUUGGUACUAUUUAUUUAUCUCAUUAAAUUUAUACACUUACAAGGCCUCACUCCUGUCAGCAAUGGAGCUGCAGAAAUGUGCACUAACUUCAGCUUCUGGAUCAAGUGCAAGGGAAGCCCCACACAGAGCACGUUGCAGUAACCCAGUCUUGAAGGAACCAAUGCUUGAAUUACUGUGGCAAGGCUUCUCUGGGUUCAGGAGUAUGGCAACUUGCCCCCAAACUCCUAAUGACUGCUGCAAAUGCCUUCGUAUAGAUACUAAAUAGAAUUCUAGAGAUGGGGAUGCUCUUUCCCUCUGAUUCAGAGUGUUCUUUCUUCCACGUUCUGUAAAAAACCACAUUGACAGUGAUUUGAUUUUUAAUACAUCCUUCCCAGGCUUCGCGAUCUCCUGGAAGCCGAGGAAAAGUGUUAUCUAGCUGCAAUAGAAUCGCUGGGAGAAACUAUGGAGGACAGGCAAGUGAACAUGAGAGCAAAAGCAAAAUUGCUGAGAGACAAGAGGGAAGAAGCUCGGAGGAAGCUUGUGGCGGAAAAAAGGGAUCAACAGUUCAGGUAAGCUGGUCAUAAACAGGGGCAGCCCAGGCAGGAGGAAUGGGGAGGGGGCAGGCAACUUCUCAGUCCAUGAAUUUAUGUUUCCUUUUAGACCUGUGGGCCCAUUUGGACUUUUCAGUGAGCGCUGUGGGCACUAUGGCCUUUGGUCGCGUUCCUCCCCCUUUUAUCUGGGCAAGAUCAUUCCUGCUGAAAACAAGAGUGUGUGUGCAUUCAUACACAUACACUGCCUUUUCAAGGGAUCUGGUAAACGCUAGAGCCAGUAAAAUCAAUUUAAGCCUUGAAAAGCACAUGGAACUGAAAGAGGAAGUAAGCCACCCUGGUGAUCCUUGGAUGAAGGCUGACGUAUAAAUUUAAUGCAUAAGAUAAAUAUUAUUAUUAUUAUUAUUAUUAUUAUUAUUAUUUAUUUAUACCCCGCCCAUCUGGCUGGGCUUCCCCAGCCACUCUGGGCGGCUUCCAACAAAAUAUUAAAAUACAGUAGCCCAUCAAACAUUAAAAGCUUCCCUAAACAGGGCUGCCUUCAGAUGUCUUCUAAAAGUUUGAUAAUUGUUGUUCUCUUUGACAUCUGGUGGGAGAGCGUUCCACAGGGCGGGCGCCACUACCGAGAAGGCCCUCUGCCUGGUUUCCUGUAACUUGGCUUUUUGCAGUGAGGGAACCGCCAGAAGGCCCUCGGAGCUAGACCUCAGUGUCCAGGUAGAAUGAUGGGGGUGGAGAUAUACAAGGAAGAGCAUCCCCCUUUCAUCUUCCUUCUUCAGAUCCAUGUACUUUUCAAAGGAGAAAAAGGUAAUUACUCUUACGUUGUCAUGGCCACAAGGAGCAAUGGGUAGGGUUGCUCCAUUGCUUUGGGGGCUCCACGGAGGACCUCAGGAGCACCACUGUAUGAGCACCAUGGUGGCAAACCCUGAUUUAGAGUGUUAAGUGUGGCGGAAUGAGAAAUCAUAACCCAACAGUCGAAGACCAUUGGAUUAAUCUUCCAGCUAAACUAGUUAAAGCCCGGAGCCCUGCUUUUGUGUUCAGAAUAGUGCUGAGUCCACUGUUUGGUCCUAAACCAAUGAACCAUUUUGAAUACCAAACCUGCACUUCCUGAACAUUUAUGCAGGCUAUCCUUUGAAAUUCAUGCUUCAACAAAUUUUGCUGGGCAGUUCUCAAACCCAAAAAUGUGUACAAAAGCAUGUGCUGGAGGGGGAGUGUGAACAAAAAUGUGUAUAUUAGUGAAGAAAAUGUACAAAAAUACCUUAUAUUAGUGGAUAUCACUUGUAAAAGUCUGUCUAUUAUGAGAAAUGCAGACAAAGGUGUGGCCAGAUUUUCAUGACUUUUUCUUUUAAAAAAGCUUGCAAACUGAUGUAAUGACAUAAGCUGAACUUAAGACUGGAAAAAUGAGAAACAGAGAGAAAUCAGAACUGACAGCUUUAUGCAUCCCUAAUGAUGAGAGGCUGCCAGUCAUACUUUUUGCAGCUCUGAACAUGGUUUGUUUGGGUGGCAAGAGAGAAAUAUUGUUUUAUGGGUCUCUUAAAUAUAUCACGAGGAAAUGUUUUUGUAUCUUCUCUUCUUUUUACAACAGUUUUUUUCCUCUCUCUCCCCUGCUGACACUUGUAUAGAAAUUGUAGUUUAUUGCCUCGCCAUUUGAGCUUUGGAGGCAUUUAUUAUUUAUUUACAUAUGUAUAUUAAAGAUGUUUUGGAUGGCUCUAAAGUGGCCAUAUAGGCAUAUCAUUCCCUCUAUUCUAUCAUAACGUUUGUCACUUCUUGCAAAGGAGAGAGUGUAGUCACACGUGAUUCUGCCUUGCUCCCAUAAAAAUGGAUAAAUGCUGGUAAGGGGCACCAAUUUGGCAUCUGACUUCCGUAAGCAAUGUUAAAAUUUCACAGCUCUUGACAGUAGAGAAGCUUAGGACAGCAAAGUGAAAUAGUUGAACAACCAUCUGUGAGAGCAGAUGUGUAUGGGUGGCUGUAAAAGCUGCUUUGGAUGACUUAUUUUGGUCGGAUCAAACAGUUAUGGAGCUAUUUUGUAUUAUGAAUUACUGCCUUGGCUAACGCUUUGAUUUAACUCCUACUUUUUGAAAUGUCUGUUGCAUUCAUGUGGUUUAGAAGCUGCGGCUUUGGAUAAGCAAGCAGUGCUCUCCUUUCUCUUAAGGGAAUUUUGAUCUAGAGUCUGGAUGGAUCACUUUUCAUGCAGCAGAAGCUUUAUCACUGCCACCCCAUUGCCCUGCUCCUCCCUGAUCUCUUCCAGAUGUUCUCUUUGACCGUUUAAACCAGUGAUCCACUAUCCAUAGAUCUUGUUUCUCUCUCUAAAUCAGGAGUCACAGACUCUGGCUCUCCAGAUGUGGCAAACACUUAACAACCAUCAAGUGGUUGCAUGCACUAACUAUGCAUGCCAAAGUCUCAGAUCCCUUUUGCUCUCCUGUUCCCCAAACCAGCCUAUUUACCAGCUGCUCCCCCAGUUGCCAACAUGACACUUGCUCAAUACAUAGCUGUCAACUUUCAGAUUUGAAAAUAAGGGAUCAGCAGCCUCAAAAAUAAGGGAUCAGCAGCCUCACCUGUCCCGGGGACAGUCUGCGGGAUAUCUAACAAUCCGGGAUAGCAGCGGGAAGCAGUGGGAAACGGUGCUGGAAUAAGGGAAUUUCCCGCAAAAAAGGGAAGGUUAACGACAGCUAUGGCUCAGUAGUUCUCCUGUGCUGCUAUUGCUCCUUUGAAAAAGAGAAUUUCUGAUAGAUUGUGCCCUUCGUUUACAGGAGGCAUUCCUUUUUGUACAAUAUAUCCAUUCUCAAUGCCAAUAAGCAUGUCACCUUUAUGUUGCUUUAUUAUGCCUUUUUUAGCGUAUGCAGCCGAUCAGCAGUGAACUGUUAUUUGCAGAGGCAGCGAAACGGCUGCACCUUCAAAUUACACUUGGAUGGGCAGCAGGCGCUUAAUAGCACUCCCCUGCCCCACCCUCCCCGGAAAGCAGUUGCAGGAAGAUUUGUCACAGUGUUGACAAAGAUCUGCUCCAGCUGCGUUAUGUGAUAUGAUGAUUAGUUUGCAAUGAUAUGGAGAAGAACCCGUGGAGUUUCUGGGUGCAGAAAAAUCAGUGAGGGAGUUCUUUGUGUCCGGUACAAGUGCCAGGGUUUGGGGCCCUUAGGCAAAAUGCUUUCGGUGGCACCCCUCCCUGAGUGUGCCUCUCUGCUAAGUUGGCAGAAUCUGACAGGUCAAGAGCCGAAGUUGCUUAACAGAUAAACCUCUUGGACAUCAUUACCUAGAAAAUGAAGGGGCAUGGGCAGCAUCAGGGGUUGGCAUUAUUGGGCAACUGCUGAGGCCCACAUUUUAAGAGGGGUCCCACCGCUGUUAUUUUUUAUAUUCGAAAACACAUUUGAUCAUAAAAUAAGUAUUCAAAUACGCCCCAUAAAACUACAUACUUUAAAUUGCAUUUUGGCAUUUGGAGAAGUGUCAAAUCCAGAGGAUAAUUACAUUGGGCUGGUUGUUGUGGAUCAGGUCAGUUCAUAUUGGAAUCUGCAGAACUCUAGUUCUUCAGGCAUCCCUAAAUAUCACUACCUUUGGGCUAUGUAGCCUUCCAUCUACUGCACAGCUAUGAACCAACAGAACUAACAUUUUUAGCUUUGUUUUGUGCCUAGACAUGUAUUUUUUAGCCGUAAUGUGAAUCAGCAUUAUUGAAGAAGGGCUGCAACUCAGAGGUGGAGCCUCUUGCUUUGCAUGCAGAAGGUCCCUGGUUCAAUCCCCAGCAUCUCCAGUCAGGACUGGUCAGAAAUUUUGCUUUGAAACCCUGCAGAGCUGUUGCCAGUUAGUGUAAACAGUACUGAACCGGGUGAUCCUGUGGCCUGACUCUGUAUAAGGCAGCUUUCUGUGUUGCUGAUGGCACAGUACUGUGUCCAUAUGCCUCUUCAGAAACAUGUUUCCGUUCCUCCUUUUCUCUCCUGCUCAGAGCAACUUGUGAGGACGCACGGACACUGUGGAGCAAGAAGCAUCUGAUGGAGAUAUGUGAGGACCGGCUGGCCCAGCUGGCCCUGAAGGAGGAACUCAAGAAGCAACGAGCAAGGGAGGAGGCGGCCUUUGCGGCUCUUUGGGAAGAGGACAGGCUGGCCAAGGAGAAGCGAGCAGCGGAGGACGAACGGAAGAGAACAAAGUGGACUGACAGCCAGAAAAACCUCCUUGACGCUCAGCAAACUGUGGCGGACGCUCAGCGGGAGGAGGCGAGGAGGCUGAAGGAAGAAGAGGCAAAGCUGAUGGUAAAGUAAUAAUAAUAAUAAUAAUAAUAAUAAUAAUAAUUUAUUUACUAUUUAUACCCCGCCCAUCUGGCUGGGCUUCCCCAGCCACUCUGGGUGGCUUCCAAAAAAAUAUUAAAAUACCGUAAUACAUCAAACGUUAAAAGCUUCCCUAAACAGGUCUGCCUUUAGAUGUCUUCUAAAAGUCUGGUAGUUGUUGUUCUCUUUGACAUCUGGUGGGAGGGUGUUCCACAGGGAGGGCGCCACUGCUGAGAAGGCCCUCUGCCUGGUUCCCUGUAACUUGGCUUCUCACAGUGAGGGAACCGCCAGAAGGCCCUCGGUGCUGGACCUCAGUGACCGGGUAGAACGAUGGGGGUGGAGACGCUCCUUCAGAUAUACUGGACCGAGGACGUAGCUGGUUUAAGAGCGUAAGAUGAAUCUGCUGGGUCCAAGACGGCAGCCAUUGCUACAUCUUUGUAGCAUUGCGAUUCUCCCAGUCUAGCCCCCCCCCCCCCGUUUUGUUGGGCAUAAUUAAAGCAGGAGGUGCGAGUUAACCAUCUCUCUUGCCGCUACUUGUAGGAAGAAGAACGUCAGCUGAUGAAACUAGAGAAUGAGCGAGCCGAGAUUGAGCGGCAGCGGAAGCUGAGGGAGUGCAGAGACAUGCUGCUGGAUUCCAUGGAAGAGAAGAGGAGGCGUCUCCACGAAGAGCAGCAAGAGGAGCUGGCUUUAGAUAUGAAGAUCCUGGAUCACAUCAUGAAAGAAUCCCAGGAGGAUACAGAGAGCCAAAAGAGAAGGAAAGUAAGGCUAGUAUUUAAUUCAGGUUUUGAGCUAAAGGCAGCAGAUUCCAUGUUUCUGGCUUCUUUGCCGUUGCCGACUAUCAGAUGGCAAUGGUGGUUGCUCGUGAGUAAGUCAGUACUGCCACCUCUCUUUUACAGGUUUUAUUUUGGUGCAAAACUAUUUACAGUGCAGAACCACAAGUUCAUGUCUGCCUCAAUGGCUAGCAGAAUCUGGGAGUGGUUGUUUCUGGGUCCUCCCCCAACAUAACAGCUUAGUCACCCCCAGCCUUUUCCUUCCUUCUUUGCGUUUUACACCUCUGCGCAGGGUGGGCGACGGAAGAAGCGUGCUUCCCUCCUGGCCGGCUGGACCAGGAGCGGUGCUGAGGCUCCCAGCAGCAUCCUCUGGUCCCUUCCCCUCUUCCCCACUGGAGGUGUGGCUUUCCCCACCACAGGAAGAGGAACUGCUUCGCAAGAUUUUCAGAGGUUCCCUGUAACCCAACUUCCCCUCAGCUUGCCUUCCCUGUUCCGAUGGCAGUCCCCUGACACCGACCUUGUCACUUGGGAGCCCACAACAGACUUCCAAGGAAGCCCUGGGCUCAUGACAAAAAAAGGAUCAAGCCUUGUUUGAGAAUUUAUCACAGUGGAGAGGAACCUCCAGCCCAUGGGCCUAAUCUGGCCUGCCCAGUCCAACCUGCCCAACCUCUCAGUGACCCCUGCCUCCCUGCCAGUCCCCCAGUGUCAUUGUGUGGUGAUUGGAGGUCAGCCCUUAAAAGAGCAGGCAGAGAGAUCCUACGUCUCCAGCCUUAGUACUAAGUGCCACAGCAAGAAGUCCUCUACUGGUGCUUAUAGAUUAAAAGGCAACAUUCCUACUCAGCAAGUGCUGGGAUGGGAGCGGGGGAGAAAGGCUGCCUUUUACUCCUAUCUCAGAUCUUGGUGCAAAGACUGGGAAAGGAAAUCCCUAUUCCUUCUCUGUAGGCAGGGGGAUCUUUCCAGCCACCUCCAUCCCCAUGCUAGAGUAGAGGGGGUGGAAAUGCUGGUGUGUGUGCCUGCCUGUGUGCAUGUGUUUGUUAGAGAGAGAGUUUUUUACCUGCAUGUCUGGUGUGUGCGCGCACUUGUGACAAUGGGUGGAGAACAGAGGUAGGAGCUGAAAAUGUGGUUCUUAAUUUGCACCACCAACAAGCAAGAGGUGAUGACCAAAGAAGAGGCUAUAAUCUGUUUGAAACGAUUUAUUUCAAAUAUAUCAUCUUCAGAAAACCAGUGAAUGCAUUUCCGUUUAAAAAAUAUACAAGCAUUAUUACCACCACAAUCAUUACAAUUUAUUACCCACCCUUCAGGCUUAAGGUCCCAGGGCGAGUUAGAGCAAUUAAAACACAACAUUAACAGUAGAAUACAACAUUAUGCGAUAUUAAAAACAGUUUAAAGCAACCUACGAUUACAAAGAUAAGGUGGUUCCUGAGAAUUUACGUCCGAUUCUCAAGGGUCAAAAAUCAGAGUAAAGAGAAAUUAACUGCACGUUACACAGAAAUAAGACUUGGGGAAAUGGAGAAAAAAGGAACAGGUAUGUGCAAGUAGCAAUUGCAUGGAAAACAAAGUGUGCAUAUUUAUUUACUUUUUGUCUCUGCUCACCAUUGGAAUGUGCCCCCACAACCCACAACGGUUGGCAAAGUUUGAAUCUAGCCCAUAGGUUCCCAGUGCUGCGUUAUCAUCUUGAUUUUCAACCUGCAUGAGUUCUCGAAGCUGAGAACAGUAUUUAAAACUAAACCAUUUGCAUUAUACAGCCCAACCAAUAGUGAAAUCUGAACCAGCAGCAUCAUAUUAGUAGCAGGGAGAAUAAAAGAAACUCAGCCGGACUCCAUCACGCUUGGCGGUUCACAGCUUGCCUAAAAAGAAAAGCUGUAAUGGCAGAUCACCUGAAUAGGCAAAGUUCUCAGAUAACACCAAAUGUCGAGCAAGGGAAGGACUUCUCCAGAAUUAGCAAACUGUGGGCCAUUUAUAUGCAUUAUGCAGUACUUCUACAAUGUUAGGGAUAAAGUCAUACGUUAAAGUCAGGAGUGAUGAAAUGUUUUCAUUGCUAAUGUCAGCCCACAAUGGUUUUAUUUCUUCCCCCCUCUGACUUUCUAUCCUGAAUUUAUUGCCAGUCAGUUUCAUUAGGUCACACUGAGAUCUGGUAUUAAGCGAGCAAGCAAAAUAUUUAUUUCAAUCUCCAGGUAGGGCUAGGAAAAACUGCCUGUCUGAAACUCUGGAGAGCUGCUGCCAGUCAGUGUAGACAGUACUGAGGUAAAAGGACCAAUGGUCCAACUUGCCUCAAGACAGCUUUUUAUGUUCCUCAUUUUCAUUUGGGGAAGGCUAAGGAUUGUUAGCCUUGACUAAUUGCCAUGACUCCUUUUUUAUUUAUUGUUUUCUGCAACUUUUUCCUCGUCUCUUUUCUGCAGAAAGAGCUCUUGAAAGAGCAGCAGAUGUUUAAGGCCUACCUGGCUCAGCAGAGGGAGGACGAGCAGCGCCAGGAAAAAGAGCUGGACAAGCUGCGGGCGGAAGAGACAGCCCGGAUGUGGGCAAAGAGAGCCGCGAAGGAGAGGGCCAUGAAGGAGGCCAGGGGCCGCUUGCUCACAGAAGUCAUGGACACGAGGAGACUUCAACUGGAGGAGAAACGUAAGGGGAUGUCGGGGACACGUUAUCCAUGGGCCUGAUUUACCUUCUAUCUUGGAACAGGUCUGGAACAGGAGACCUGCGCCAGUAGAGCAGGAACACUAAACAGGGCUCUGUGCAGGCUGAGCUUUAGGAAGCGAGGUCAGAAUUGUGCACCUGAAUUCUGCAGACUGCAUAAACAAUGCAAAUUAAUGCAUCUACACAUCAUGAAUUCUGCUUCUAUGAAUCAGGAACAAGGAGCUGUGCAAAGAACUGAAACCUCACCCUUGGCAAAAGCAAAAGCCUCGCCCGCUUUUCCUGCGCCCUGGCCAAAGAUGACGCCAGAUGUUCAUUGUUUGUGUGCUUUGAAGCCUAUAUUUUACACUCUGAAGGGCCUGGACACUUGGCUUUCAUAACAAAAACAAAAGCCGAGGUUCUCAAGGCGUUGAACUGCAUGCCUACCGUGUUCUGCACUUGUACAGUGCCAUCGUAAAUGCGCAAAGUCGAGCCCAUAAAUAGGAUUGCCUGCCCCACCCCAUAUUUUAUUAAGGAUUUCCCCCUCCCAGCCCUGAAUCAGCCCAGCUCAUACCCAUAUCCUCAUAAAGGUAAUAUGCAUGCCCAGAAUGCCAGCACCUUGAUUUGUGCUCAAUAGCUCACAGCCAGCCAGUCCAGUGCUUUAAGGAUCAGUGUUGGAUGAUCCCACUUUGCUAUUCUGCAAUAGCUGGAACUUUUUGACUGUUUUCAAGGACAGCCCCACAUAUGUUGCAUUGCAGUAGCCCUGCCGGGAGGUAACCAAAGUAGUAAGCACAUGUAACAAAAUUCAUGAUAUAGUACAGCAGCAGGAACAGGGAUGGAACUAAUCAGGAAAGGCUUUUGCCAUUUAUUUAUUUUUAUUUCAUUUAUCUGUUGAAUUUGUAUUUUGCCCUUCGUCCGUAGAUAUCUGGGCAGUGCACAACAUAAAAAUACAAUAUAAAAGCACAGAAUACAGAAUAAAAACAAGACCUGCCUCCUACAAACCAGUAACCCCCUCCCCUCCACCCACUCACCCAUUUAAGAAAGUUUAAACUGGCCGCCUAUACGCUUCCAGACCCAAUUUAAGGUGCUGGUUUGAACUAAUAAUAAUAAUAAAUUUUUAUUUGUACCCUGCCCUCCCCGGCCAGAGCCGGGCUCAGGGCGGCUGACAUCAUAAAACUAACACAGUAUACAAAGAAUAUAAGAACAUAAAAACAGGCAGUCAGUUAAUUAAAAUACAUCUUAAAAUUAGUUCAGAGCAAAUUAAAAUCUGGACAGAUGGCAGUCCACGGGUAAAACUGAGAGUGGUUAAUAUUCUCCAGGGCCAAAUGUUACCACUGGCCUUAUAAAGGACCUGUGAGCGGGCUAGGAGGCCUCUUUAAUGCUUGUUCUUAUACAAAAAGAAAAGAAUCAGACUGAACCCCGGAACAGCUCCAUCGUGCAGGCCCUGUGGAAAGAUGUCAAAUCCCGCAGGGCUUAUACAUUGCAGGACCAUAAUACCUGAUUAAUUCCCACUCCAGACAAGAAUAUAACCGCCCAUUACAAGUGUCCCCACGUGCCUCCUCUGAGAGAGACUUGAAGGGUGUGAAUAAGGAACAGGGCCUUUUCAGUUGUGGCCCUCUGUCUGUGGAAUGGUCUCCUAAGUAAGGCCUGCCUGGCAUGAACAGAUAACUAGCAGCUAAGGCAAUGUUAGUGAUGCCCUGGGUUACUGAUAAGCACACCCUCCCACCCAACCCUGUGAAAGCUGAUGUUUUAUGUAUUGAUUUGAUUGUUUUGAUGUUGAUGGUUGUUUUUAACUACCGUAUUUUUCGCCCUAUAGGACGCAUUUUUCCCCCUCCAAAAAUGAAGGGGAAAUGUGUGUGCGUCCUAUGGGGCGAAUGCAGGCUUUCGCUGAAGCCUGGAGAGCGAGAGGGGUCAGUGCACACCGACCCUUCACGCUCUCCAGGCUUCGCACACCUCUCUGCAAGCAGUGGGAGCCCAGCGCUGGGCUCCCGCUGCUUGCGGAGAGUUGCCUGCAUGCUGAAGCCUGCGCGCGCUCAGCUCAGCGCGUCCAGGCUUCGCACACCUCUCAGCAAGCAGCGGGAGCGCUCCCACGGCUUGCAGAGAGCUGCCUGUUUGGGGGCUGGGGGAAGCUCAAGCUUCCCCCGCCCCAGCCCCGCGCCUGGGGGGGAAAUAAUUUUUUUCCCUUUAUUUCCCCCCCCAAAAAACUAGGUGCGCCUUAUGGGACGGUGCGUCCUAUAGGGCGAAAAAUACGGUAUUUUCCCGGCUUUGCUGUACAGAUACUGCUGUGUGUUAGGCGACCGAAAGACUAAACACAUUGUAAUAAUUAAUUCAUUGACAAAAAAGCAGCAGCAUCGGCCAAUUACAUGUUCCAUCUUUUGCCUUCCAGUUCAGAGAAAUGCCCAAGAACAAGAGGCACUGAUUCGGGACAGGGAAUUGUUAAAUGCAGCCAUUCUAGAAUUCAACCGUCUAGAAGAGGAGAAAUAUGCAAGGUAAUUGCUCUUGAACCUAUCAGCAGGGCUGAUUAUACCUUUGUGGUAAAAACCCAGCAAACUAUGCCAGUGGCACCCAAAUUAUUUGCAGGGAAAGCCUCAGUUCUGUAACCUAUACAGUCAAGGCAAAUUGAACACAUUUUCAUAUCUCUUGCGCAGAGACAUUAAAGCCUUGAAAGCUUCUAAGUAGCAGUGGUUAAAAGGAGAGAGAGUGCUGCAAUCUGGUGCUAAAAGUCCUGAGUUCAAGUGUUCUUAGAGAGUCUCACUAUCUUUCCUCUGUUUUCCAUCCCUAAAACUGGGAAUUAAGCCCUUUUUCUUGCAGGGACAUCAAUAAGAAAACAACAUGUGGCGAAAGCUCCUUCCACAUUCCAAAGUGGGACAGAUUUUAAUAACAAAGUCAGAGAAUAAAGGAUGAUUUUCAGCUCGUGCUUAGAAUCCUAACAAAUUUUCGAAUAGGGAUAACAAAUAGCCAUACACAGCGCAAACCUAUGCAUUUCAAAAAUUAACAUUUUUAUUGAGCAUUUUCCCCCAAACACCACACCACAAUACUGUGUGUCAUAAUUGGAGUAGACCUAUUUAAAUACGUCAAUUUAGCUUAGUCAUGCUCACUGAUUUUUUCAGUAGGUCUACUCUGAGUAUGACUUAGCUUGAUUCAAUCCUCUAUAUUCGAGUAGGGACGCGGGUGGCGCUGUGAUCUAAAUAACUGAGCCUCUUGGGCUUGCCAAUCAGAAGGUCGGUGGUUCAAAUCCCCGCGACGGAGUGAGUUCCCAUUGCUCUGUCCCAGCUCUUGCCAACCUAGCAGUUCGAAAGCACGUCUUUGCAAGUAGAUAAAUAGGUACCACUGCAGCAGGAAGGUAAAUGGCAUUUCCAUGCGCUCUGGUUUCCGUCACGGUGUCCCGUUGCACCAGAAGCAGUUUAGUCAUGCUGGCCACAUGACCUGGAAAGCUGCCUGCGGACAAACACCGGCUCCCUCGGCCUGAAAGCGAGAUGAGCGCUGCAACCCCAUAGUCGCCUUUGACUGGACUUAACUGUCCAGGGGUUCUUUAUAUAUUAGAGUACAAUAACAAUAGGUGGAGGGGGGGAGAAGGGAGUGCAUAGGCAAUGAAAAGGAUAGAAAAGCAAGGUGUGUCACGUGGAGGACAAUAAUGCAUCCAUCAAAGGAUGCAUUAUUUAUUCAGAGGUGCACAUUUAUUCAAAGAUGCACUUUUAUUCAAAGAUUUGCUGGAAAAGAGAACGUGGAGUGAGCCUCCUUCCUGUCUUGCACAGAACAGGGUGUGGGAGAAUGGCCUGCAAAAAGGCUGUGUGCCUUCAGACCAUGCCCUGGAAGGGAGUGUGUUAAAAGUGUUAAGUAGUUUCUGCUUCUGAUUACGCUCAUCCCUCUUUAUUACGUUAUCUGCAGGCGCACACAGCAAGCAAAGGCGUAUCAGGAGGAACUCAAUGCUCAGAUGGAUUACAACAAGCAAGCCCGUGAUCUUGAGAAGGAAGAAGAACGCCGCCGAUACGCUUUGUCCCUGGAAGCGGAAAAGCUUUACCAGCAGAAGAUAGCGGACAUCAUCUCAAGACCUUACAUGAAGUUGUCAGAUCUCCAUCCUUUGCGGAGGUACCUUGCCAGCAGUUCUUAAUCUUAGACUCCAACCAAUUUCCUUUAUAUAGAUCUAUAUUUAUAAAUCACUGCAUUUUAAACCCCCAAGUGCAGCUAAAGCAUCUUCUACAUGUGUACACUGACUGAGGGGAAGAAAACUCUAGAAUACCAUGUUUCCUAGCUUCUUUUCUUGGUCAAGCAAAACCUCCUUUUAAAAAUAAAAUGCUGUCGAAAGUUUUACGUUUUAAAUAAAGAACGUUGCAUGGUGAAAUUGACUGACUUCAAAACAUUUUCUUUAAAAACACUUUUAGUUGUACAAUUCAAAAUGAAUGCCUAUAUGCUGUGCUUUUCCAAGUUAUUUGUAAUAAAAAAGCAUUUUCAUUCCCUCUUUUUUAAAAAAAGAAAAGAAAAGGUUGUCCAUAACUCAGCAUUUAUUCAGUUGACAUUCCCCGUUCCCACCACUGUAUGCUAUAAGAACUGAUGUACUCCCUCUGUCUCACUGUGAUCAGGCAACCUGGAGUCCUGUGUACAUAUUGCCAGCACGUUCCUUUGCAGAGCCGAGACCUGCUGUACUUACAGUUAGAUCUACGGAAACUAAGCAAACGAGGCUUUAAGAGAUGUUCUGGACAAAACUUGGCAUAUUUAGUUUCUGUGUGUCCAGCUGCCAUUAAAGUUUGCAGAAGCAGGAGCAAUCAAAACAAAAGUGGCAAUGUUAAUCUGGACACAGCUGCCCGGCCAGUUACCCCAAAUCUCUAGCAACCUCUGAGAAAGAAACCGUAGGCAAUUAAACACGGCUAUGCAAAUGUGUUCUCCCCACAGAUUGGGGAACAUAGAAAGCUGCCUUAUACUGAGUCUUGUGGGUGACAAGGUAGACUUGAUUUCUACCAGCUGCACGCUCGUUUUGUUGACAAUAUUACUCCUGCCCCUUCCACUUUAAACAUGGACAAUAAACAUGGCUGCCUCUCGGCCCCAUCACUUGUUUUGUCUUUGGAUCACAACUAUAGGACAAGUGUUGAAUCGCACACCACGAGGGGUUCAGUGUAUUCAAUCAGAAAUCUGUUUUACAAGUCAGCUUGUUGUCACAGUAUUACUGAGCGAGCUCUUGAACACAUUGAUCCUGACUUUCCAGGUACUUCUGAAAAGCUUCUGACAUUUGUAGCAGCAAAGUGACUCAUUUUGUGCUGCAUUUUCACCCCAACACUGGAAGAUUCCCACCUCCUGAAUCCUGUUGAUUCUCCCUCGUUCAUCUUACCUGUUCCUGCACAAAGCUGAGCGAGUUCCAUCCAUGAUUAGCUUGUUUUGAGUCAGGGGUUACUUAUGCUUCAAAACCGUAGGCAGCAAUGAUUAAUCAAUUUCCCAACAGUGCAGUGUAUUGGCAAGCAUUUCCUAUUUUAACGACUCUGUGUAUGUGCAAGAUCCCUUUACAGCUUCACAAUACACAGGAGUCCUGCAAACAGGACUGAGAUGAUUUACAGUUUAAUAAGCAAAAAAUCUAGCCUUUAUAGUUAGGAGAAAAUGCAUUUUCCCGUUUCGUUCCUUAUCAAGGUAACAUAACAGGUAGCAUGUUCUUGUCUCAGGCAGAGGUCUGUCCCAUUACCUGCAAUGUAGGACCCCUUUGAAUUGAGAUUUUGGGAACUCACCUAUGGUCCUUCUCCAUUUAAGACCUAGACUCUAUUACAGAGCUAUAGCCCUUCCUCAAUUUAUUUUAUACACACAGCACACUUUUAGCUAAAUGCUGCCUCUUUAGUUAUGUGCUUUUAACUACUCCUAUUUAAAUAAUCUGCUGUUUGUUUUGUCAAAUGGGUUAAGAAUAAAAAAAGGUGCUGCCUUGACUACAGUUUCUAUAUAAAGGGGAGGAUAUUAGUCAUGAUAAAACAUGCAUAAAUAAAUAUUACAGGCUGUUGUCUUCCCUUGGCAGCAGAACAGGCUGCCUGGGAAUUCCUGGAACAUGCCAGACAGUGGCUUUUGUUAGCAGUCAAGCUGGAGACUCUAGAUGUGGACAAGUAAAGGUCAGCAUUUAUGCACAUAUGUACUGUUUUAUUCAUUUUAUUUAUUUAUACCCCCCACCCUGCCGCCACUGGCUUAUGGAUCUUAGGGUUGGCAGGCCCAGGAAAAAAUCAGAUAAAUAUGAUAGUUCUCCUGGGUGGAGUUUGGAAAGAUCUAGCAGCCCGUGCAAAAUCUUACAGCGGGUCAGCGGUAAAGCCAGAAGGAAACUAGUUAGGAUGCAGUCGCUGUCCUUGUAAGUUUUGUAUGUGCCAUGCAGAACAUUAUGAGAGCCAGGCCUCCCCACCCCAAUUCAGAACACCUGGCUGCACAGCAGCCAGAAAUUCAACAGAUGCAGCUUUCUGCUUUGCUGCAUCUUCAGUUGUGGAAUAUCAGCCUGUCGCAAGAUUUGUCCUGAAACACACACUGAUUGCUCUCAUGCUCUCUCUCCCUCCACUUCCCCCUCUCUCGCACACAAACACAGAGCGAAUUUGGAUGAAUUAUCCCUUAAUUAGUCAGUUCCUGCUCACUGCAAACUGCGGGGUUAAUUGCUUAUAUCGCUGAAUGACCCGGGAGCUAUGAUUUGGCUAGCCCUGCAACGCAUAUUUAUAUGUAUUUCUAACAUGUAAAAUGCACAUAGCGAAUCUGAUACCUACCUGCAAGUUCCAAAGUCCUCAGAAGCUACAGUAACUCAGAGCGGGGCUUUGAAUAUGGUGGCCCCUGUUCUGUAACAUAGUAUUGCUGCUGAGAUACAGCAUGUGCCCUUUCUUUCUGCACUUUCCAGAAACAACUGAAAAUCUCUUUGUUCUUCCCGAGCUGGACAAAUAGGUUUUUGUCAUGAAUAGGCUUUUGUUUUAAAUGUAUCUGCUGUGUAUUUCUGUGGACUCAGCCAUACAGCUGCAAAUAAAAUGAUUUAAGUGUGUCGUUUAGUGCAAUAUGCAAAUGUGACACUAGAUGGCAAAUUUAAUAUAUGUUUCAAAACUUUUUUAAAGCAUUCUCAAAGCGUUCUUUAUAUGAGUGUAGAUUCCACCCGUGUGUCUUUAACUUUUUUUGCUGUUUGUAUUGCACAUCGCCUUGAGACGAUUGUACAGAAGACAACUAAUAAAUAACAGU